CGAGCGCCAAGCGCGCGGGAGGUGUUGUCCGUCACCCUGGGCUUUGUUACGUCGUCACCUGCUCACCUGGCCGCGAGCGCGUCCUAACCACUGCAGCCCAAAGCGGGGUGCCAGCCACCACCGCCGCCAUGGUGUCCCCGGUCACUGUGGUGAAGAGUGAGGGACCCAAAUUGGUACCCUUCUUCAAGGCUACCUGCGUGUAUUUUGUGCUCUGGCUGCCCUCGUCUAGCCCAUCGUGGAUCAGUGCCCUCAUCAAGUGCCUGCCCAUCUUCUGCCUCUGGCUCUUCCUUCUGGCCCAUGGCCUGGGAUUCCUGCUGGCCCACCCCAGCGCAACCCGCAUCUUUGUGGGACUCGUCUUCUCUGCCGUAGGUGAUGCCUUCCUCAUCUGGCAGGACCAAGGCUACUUUGUGCACGGUCUACUGAUGUUUGCUGUGACCCACGUGUUCUACGCCUCGGCCUUUGGUAUGCGGCCAUUGGCUCUUCGGACAGGUCUGGUGAUGGCAAUGCUAUCGGGCCUGUGCUAUGCCCUCCUUUACCCAGGCCUCUCAGGUGCCUUCACCUACCUGGUGGGGGUAUAUGUGGCCCUUAUCAGCUUUAUGGGCUGGCGAGCUAUAGCAGGGCUGCAGCUGGUCGGGGCAGCCUGGCGCUGGACUGAGCUGGCAGCUGGCAGUGGGGCACUGCUCUUUAUCAUCUCAGACAUGACCAUCGCCCUCAACAAGUUCCGCUUUCCCGUGCCCUACUCACGGGCACUCAUCAUGUCCACCUACUACGCCGCUCAAAUGCUCAUCGCCCUGUCAGCUGUUGAGAGCCGGGAGCCAGUGGAAGACUAUAGGCUGAGCAAGGCCAACUGAGAUGCCAGGGUCUGGUCACCCUCUCUCCUCUUGGGGCUGGGGUCCAGACCCUGGGAACCUGCAGGAUCUGGAUCAGGAUGGCUGCAGUGCCAGCCUGGGGCAGCAGGUACCACUGGGGAAUUUACAAGUUUGAGGGGGUAAGCUGGAAAAAGAAUUCCCUAGGAAAACCAGAGGUCCAAGACAAUGCUAAGAGCUAAAGGAGCUAGACCAGUGCCUCUUGCUGGAGCCAGAAGUAGAUGUUUCCCCACCUCUACCCCAUCAGGACUUUGAAAGUCCCCCUGGAGGGUAAUGGUGCUCAGCUUCUUAAUUCCCACUUUCUCCUACUAGGUGGAAAAGUCUGAUUCUAUCUCUUAUGCCUAGGACCAAUGGCAAUGCUGGGAUCACCCACCCCUACCCUUUCUGAUCUGCACAGAGUUGAGGGAAAGAGGGGAGA